AUGGCCCACUGCGUGACCUUGGUUCAACUAUCCAUUUCCUGUGACCACCUCAUUGACAAGGACAUCGGCUCCAAGUCUGACCCACUCUGCGUCCUUUUACAGGAUGUGGGAGGGGGCAGCUGGGCUGAGCUUGGCCGAACUGAGCGAGUACGGAACUGCUCAAGCCCCGAGUUCUCCAAGACUCUGCAGCUUGAGUACCACUUUGAAACAGUCCAGAAGCUCCGAUUUGGCAUUUAUGACAUAGACAACAAGACACCUGAGCUGGGGGAUGAUGACUUCCUAGGAGGGGCUGAGUGUUCCCUAGGACAGAUUGUGUCCAGCCAGAUAAUAACUCUACCCUUGAUGCUGAAGCCUGGAAAACCUGCUGGGCGGGGGACCAUCACGGUAUCUGCUCAAGAGAUGAAGGAUAAUCGUAUAGUGACCAUGGAGGUGGAGGCCAGAAACCUAGAUAAGAAGGACUUCCUGGGGAAAUCGGACCCGUUCUUGGAGUUCUUCCGUCAGGGUGAUGGGAAAUGGCACCUGGCAUACAGAUCUGAGGUAAUCAAGAACAACUUGAACCCUACAUGGAAGCGCUUCUCUGUUCCCCUUCAGCAUUUCUGUGGGGGAGACCCCAGCACACCCAUCCAGGUGCGAUGCUCAGACUAUGACAGUGAUGGUUCACAUGAUCUCAUUGGUACCUUCUACACCAGCUUGGCCCAGCUGCAAGCAGUUCCGGCUGAGUUUGAAUGUAUCCACCCUGAGAAACAGCAGAAAAAGAAAAGCUACAAGAACUCUGGGACUGUUUGUGUCAAGAUUUGCCAGGUAGAAACACAGUAUUCAUUCCUGGACUAUGUGAUGGGAGGCUGUCAAAUCAACUUCACUGUGGGCAUUGACUUCACGGGCUCCAAUGGAGAUCCUUCCUCCCCGGAAUCCCUGCACUACCUGAGCCCAACAGGGGUCAACGAGUACCUGACAGUUCUCAAGACUCCUUAG